UGUCUCUCGGGGCGGUCCCGGUGUAUCUCGGGGCGGUUCCGGUUCCGGGCGCGGCGGCGCCAUGAAGGACUGCGAGUAGCGGCAGAUCCCGCCGGGGGUGGCGGCCCCAGGGCCGGGUGCGAUCGCCUCCCCGCCGCCGCCCCGCCUCGGCCCGGUGCCGCCCGCGGGCCCCGCCGCAAGUGGGAGGUGUUCCCGGGCCUCCCCCGGUUGUGCUGCGGCGGGCGGCUCCUGCUGGCCCGGCACAGCGGUGUCUUCGCCCUCACCCUCGGGCUGAUCGUGGGCACCAGCGGCCUCUUCUUCGCCUUCGAACAGCAUGGGGACCUCUACUUACCGCCCGCCAGCCCGCACGAUGGAAGUGGUCAACAACAAGUAUGUGGUGAAACUCAAGUACUGCUACACGUGCAAAAUGUUCCGUCCUCCGCGCACCUCACACUGCAGCGUCUGCGACAACUGUGUGGGUAAGCUGGAAAGCGGGAAGCCUUCAAGCGCCACAGAUCAGAUGGGGAGGAUGAAGCCUCAGCCGUAUGGAGGAACCAACGCCCCCCCACAAGAGCAGGGAGCUCAGGCGGGGCCACAGCAAGGACACGGCUCUCCAGGACAGCCCGACGGGUCACAGACUGCUCAGCAGCAGCAGUCUGCCUCCUCCCAGCAGCGCUUCCUCUCUCCUCAGGAGUUGUCUCGAGUGUUGCUUGUGUCCCAGGCGUCAUCUGCUCCCUCAACGGCUUCCAGCAGAGGGCCAGAAGAUAUGAACGUGAAUCUUCAGUCCAGGCCUUCAGCCCCGUCGGAUCUAACUUGGUUACGGAGGAUACUGAAAAAGAAGAUGGCGACCUCCACAUGCAAGCAGGCAGAAGGGAUGUCUGGAGUCUUGCUUAAGAGUGGACGGGUUCUUGUUCUUCCAAGCCGGCCUGGCGUGAGAAGGCGGGACCUGUCUGGCUCAAUAGAUGAUGUCCCCACGGGGACGGAAGGAGCCCUGAGUCCUGGAGUAAGCACGUCAGGGAUAUCCGGCAGUCAAGGAGAGCAGAGUAACCCAGCUGAGUCUCCUUUCUCUCCGUGUACGUCUCCUCACCUGCCAGGCAUCAGAGGACCCUCCCCAUCCUCGGCCGGGUCUCCUGCCAGCGCUGCUCGGUCCCAUUCAGGUCUGCUUUCACCUGCUGCAGUACCAGGCAAUCAGAUGCCACCCCGGCCACGCAGCGGCCGGUCGGACAGCAUCCUGCAUCUCUCCGUGCACCCGUCAGGCAGAGCACAAGAUCAAGGAGGGUCUCCUGGGCAGCCAAAUAGCAAUGAGAUGCCCAAUGCCAACUAUCCGAGUCCGGGAACAGGAGGAAGCCUGAGCCGAAAGAGAGCACAGGAAGCAGCUGCCACUACCGUGCACACGGCUGCCAAGUCCGUCCAGAGCAGGCCUCCUGGUUAUCCCAAAAUAAACCAAGGAGGAGUGACGGGCAUUGGAGCUCCGUCUGGCCAGGGAAUUAACAGUCUGGCCCACAUGAUGAACCCCCAGGGCCUGCCCUGUGCAACGGGUGGGAAGGUGUCUAACAACUCUGCAGGGAUGGCGGCAAGCCCUGAAGUGAUAGGCCUUGGGGAGGUCGAAUUACCAUCUGCAUCUAAAACGAAGAAUGAGGCAGAUGGGACACCAAGCGCAAAAUCCAAGUCAAAGGAGUUGUCUCGAGUGUUGCUUGUGUCCCAGGCGUCAUCUGCUCCCUCAACGGCUUCCAGCAGAGGGCCAGAAGAUAUGAACGUGAAUCUUCAGUCCAGGCCUUCAGCCCCGUCGGAUCUAACUUGGUUACGGAGGAUACUGAGGAAGAAGACGGCGACGUCCACCUGGAGGCACGCAGAAGGGACAUCUGGCGUCUUGCUCAAGGGUGGACGGGUUCUUGUUCUUCCAAGCCGGCCUGGUGUGAGAAGGCGGGACCUGUCUGGCUCAACAGAUGAUGUCCCCACGGGACAUCCUCCUCACCUGCCAGGCAUCAGAGGACCCUCCCCAUCCUCGGUCGGGUCUCCUGCCAGCGCUGCUCAGUCCCGUUCGGGUCCGCUUUCACCUGCUGCAGUACCAGGAGGCUCUCCUGGGCAGCCAAACUGCAGCGCCAACUGUCACAGUCCGGGUAGAAGAGGAAGCAUGAACCCCACGAGAGCGGAAGAAGCGGCCGACGCUGCCAUGCACACAGCUGCCAAGUCCGUCCAGAGCAGGCCUCCUGGUUAUCCCAAAAUAAACCAAGGAGGAGUGACGGGCAUUGGAGCUCCGUCUGGCCAGAGAAUUAACAGUCUGGCCCACAUGAUGAACCCCCAGGGCCUGCCCUGUGCAGUGGGUGGGAAGGUGUCUAACAACUCCGCAGGGAUGGUGGCAAGCCCUGAAAUUAUAGGCCUUGGGGAGGUCACAUUACCAUCUGCAUCUAAAACGAAGAAUGAGGCAGAGGGGACACCAAGAGUAAAAUCCAAGUCAAAGGAGUUGUCUCGAGUGUUGCUUGUGUCCCAGGCGUCAUCUGCUCCCUCAACGGCUUCCAGCAGAGGGCCAGAAGAUAUGAACGUGAAUCUUCAGUCCAGGCCUUCAGCCCCGUCGGAUCUAACUUGGUUACGGAGGAUACUGAGGAAGAAGACGGCGACGUCCACCUGGAGGCACGCAGAAGGGACAUCUGGCGUCUUGCUCAAGGGUGGACGGGUUCUUGUUCUUCCAAGCUGGCCUGGUGUGAGAAGGCGGGACCUGUCUGGCUCAAUAGAUGAUGUCCCCACGGGACAUCCUCCUCACCUGCCAGGCAUCAGAGGACCCUCCCCAUCCUCGGUCGGGUCUCCUGCCAGCGCUGCUCAGUCCCGUUCGGGUCUGCUUUCAACUGCUGCAGUACCAGGAGGCUCUCCUGGGCAGCCAAACCGCAGCGCCAACUGUCACAGUCCGGGUAGAAGAGGAAGCAUGAACCCAACGAGAGCGGAAGAAGCGGCCGACACUGCCAUGCACACAGCUGCCAAGUCCGUCCAGAGCAGGCCUGCUGGUUAUCCGAAUGUGAACCAAGGAGGAGUGACGGGCACUGGAGCUGCUUCUGGCCAGGGAAUUGACAGUCUGGCCCGCAUGAUGAACCCCCAGGGCCCACCCUGUGCGAUGGCUAACAACUCUGCAGGGAUGGCGGCAAGCCCUGAAGUGAUAGGCCUUGGGGAGGUCGAAUUACCAUCUGCAUCUAAAACGAAGAAUGAGGCAGAUGGGACACCGAGAGCAAAAUCCAAGUCAAAGGAGUUGUCUCGAGUGUUGCUUGUGUCCCAGGCGUCAUCUGCUCCCUCAACGGCUUCCAGCAGAGGGCCAGAAGAUAUGAAUGUGAAUCUUCAGUCCAGGCCUUCAGCCCCGUCGGAUCUAACUUGGUUACGGAGGCUACUGAAGAAGAAGACGGCGACCUCCACAUGCAAGCAGGCAGAAGGGAUGUCUGGAGUCUUGCUUAAGAGUGGACGGGUUCUUGUUCUUCCAAGCCGGCCUGGCGUGAGAAGGCGGGACCUGUCUGGCUCAAUAGAUGAUGUCCCCACGGGGACGGAAGGAGCCCUGAGCCCUGGAGUAAGCACGUCAGGGAUAUCCGGCAGUCAAGGAGAGCAGAGUAACCCAGCUGAGUCUCCUUUCUCUCCGUGUACGUCUCCUCACCUGCCAGGCAUCAGAGGACCCUCCCCAUCCUCGGUCGGGUCUCCUGCCAGCGCUGCUCAGUCCCGUUCGGGUCCGCUUUCAACUGCUGCAGUACCAGGCAAUCAGAUGCCACCCCGGCCACGCAGCGGCCGGUCGGACAGCAUCCUGCAUCUCUCCGUGCACCCGUCAGGCAGAGCACAAGAUCAAGGAGGGUCUCCUGGGCAGCCAAAUAGCAAUGAGAUGUCCAAUGCCAACUAUCCGAGUCCGGGAACAGGAGGAAGCCUGAGCCGAAAGAGAGCACAGGAAGCGGCUGCCACUACCGUGCACGCGGCUGCCAAGUCCGUCCAGAGCAGGCCUCCUGGUUAUCCCAAAAUAAACCAAGGAGGAGUGACGGGCAUUGGAGCUCCGUCUGGCCAGGGAAUUAACAGUCUGACCCACAUGAUGAACCCCCAGGGCCCGCCCUGUGCAAUGGGUGGGAAGGUGUCUAACAACUCCGCAGGGAUGGCGGCAAGCCCUGAAAUUAUAGGCCUUGGGGAGGUCACAUUACCAUCUGCAUCUAAAACGAAGAAUGAGGCAGAGGGGACACCAAGAGUAAAAUCCAAGUCAAAGGAGUUGUCUCGAGUGUUGCUUGUGUCCCAGGCGUCAUCUGCUCCCUCAACGGCUUCCAGCAGAGGGCCAGAAGAUAUGAAUGUGAAUCUUCAGUCCAGGCCUUCAGCCCCGUCGGAUCUAACUUGGUUACGGAGGCUACUGAAGAAGAAGACGGCGACCUCCACAUGCAAGCAGGCAGAAGGGAUGUCUGGAGUCUUGCUUAAGAGUGGACGGGUUCUUGUUCUUCCAAGCCGGCCUGGCGUGAGAAGGCGGGACCUGUCUGGCUCAACAGAUGAUGUCCCCACGGGACAUCCUCCUCACCUGCCAGGCAUCAGAGGACCCUCCCCAUCCUCGGUCGGGUCUCCUGCCAGCGCUGCUCAGUUCCGUUCGGGUCCGCUUUCACCUGCUGCAGUACCAGGAGGCUCUCCUGGGCAGCCAAACUGCAGCGCCAACUGUCACAGUCCGGGUAGAAGAGGAAGCAUGAACCCCACGAGAGCGGAAGAAGCGGCCGACGCUGCCAUGCACACAGCUGCCAACUCCGUCCAGAGCAGGCCUGCUGGUUGUCCGAAUGUGAACCAAGGAGGAGUGACGGGCACUGGAGCUGCUUCUGGCCAGGGAAUUGACAGUCCGGCUGGCAUGACGAACCCCCAGGGCCCGCCCUGUGCGAUGGCUAACAACUCUGCAGGGAUGGCGGCAAGCCCUGAAGUGAUAGGCCUUGGGGAGGUCGAAUUACCAUCUACAUCUAAAACAAAAAAUGAGGCAGAUGGGACACCGAGAGCAAAAUCCAAGUCAAAGAAUUACAAGCGGCCGAGGGACGACGACUACAGCCCACCCGCCAAGAGGCACAAAGGGGAGAUGUGCAACAUCCCAUAUAGCGCCGGGCAGGAGCAGACGCCGCAGCAGCUGCCUCCAGCGCAGAGCCAGGAGCCGAGCCAGCAGCAAACGGCGCAGCCAUCUCCGCAGGAGGACCUCCCUAACCAGUAGGGGAGCACCUACCCCGCUACUGGUUUAUUUGUUUCUUCGUUUUUGUUUUCUUUCUGAUCGAGAUUUGAAAAAGUUCCACGUGUUAAGAAUAAAUGUACGUUAAAUGUACGUUAAUGUACAUAAUAUAUAAUAAAUACUUUACGCCUGUGAGGUGUUUGUCAGGGUUUUUUAUGAGCAGGACAGGGAGGUGACUUUGGUGCUGGCAGGUCUUGGUGCUGUGAUGAUGUAGGUCAGCAAGGCAUGGAGAACCUUCAGGGUCCUGUGCUUUGGGGCCGCUUUGGAGGCUGAUACCACGUGGUCUGGUUUUGCUUUCUCCCUUUGGUUUGUUCUGGUGAUGGAGUCUUUGUUUUGUGCUGUGUAUGCUCAGGUAGGAGCAGACUUGCAGCAGGAGGGGACGCUGAGACAGAGA